GAUCCUGUGUCGUCUUAUGCUGAUAAUACUGCAAUAGGUUUAUGUGUCGAUUCUAUAAUAUGGUAUCUGAAAAGCACGUUAGCGAAGUGGUGUCAAUAGAUAUACCAUGCGACACAGCGGCCAGAAGCCAUCGAUAUAUGUCUCAUAUGUACUUUACAACGCCUGCAGGACUCUCGGAUUGUUCUCGUUUUCAGGGGCUCAGCCCAGCGGUCCAAGGCGUCGUUCUGGCUCAAAAGCACUGUCGAAGACAAUUCUGAUACUUUCUACGCCGCCAUGGAUCCGUUAAAGUCAUUCCACCCCUCUUUUUCAGUUUCUGAAGCCCAAUCUUCGCUCCAGACACUCUAUGUCACAUUCCUUUCACCUCAUAGCCUCUGGAGCAUGUUUGACAACUUACAAUCUAACAUUCUUUACCCUGAAAUGGGCCCCAAGGCGUCAUAUUCUCUCCCUAUUCCUAUCCCCAUGACUUUCACACAGCCGCUUUCUGGAGGGGUUCCUUGGCCUUCCCCUCCAUUUCUCUUGCUUUCCCUGGGCUUUAAUACAAAUGUUGUUGUGUUGGUUUCUAUUAGCUAAAGCGGUCUAUAUAUGGUUUAAACAGUAUAUUUGUAUAGGUACUCUAUAAUACAUGUCAUCUGCAGAA